AACGGUUCGCGGUUUGUUUGUUGCCAACCUCCGUCCGAUACAGUCGCCGUGCGUGUCAAGUGUGUGCUGUGGUGGUCGAUCACACACUACAUAGUGGGGUGGGGUGAUACGAUCAACACUUCCCCCGGCUGGGCGUGUGUGUGUGCGUGCGUGAGCGUUUUUGUACGGUACGGCUUCCGGCGUUUGUAUCAGCGAGCAAAGCAACCGGGUGGUGCACACUUGCUGCGAAACAAUUCCGUCUGGUUACAUCUUCAUCGCGGUGCAGAAGACGGGACACCCAGUAGUCGGGUGUCGUUUAGAUCCCGUGCAAAUUCACCCUUGUGUGUGAGUGUGUUUGUGGCAAGAGUAGUGUCCGCCGUAGUGAAGAAGCCCUACGAGAAAAGGGAACCACCCGGAGCCCGGUGUGGUGAAUGGAAGUAAAUGUCAGUGUCCUUUCGGAGCCGCCUUCUGGAGCAAGUUUGUAUUAUUAGAAACAGUGUGAUUGCGUGUGGGUCUGUGUGCGCGGUGUUGUGCGCUGGUGUGUUGGUCGUUUUACAACCAUUUUAAUAGUGUGUUGUUUUGUUUCAAACACGGUCCAACCGCGACGGUGUCGGCGCAUGGAUAAAAAGGUGGGAAACAGCGUAGUAUCGCGUUACCUUGAGUUUGGCGUCGCGCGUUUUAACCGAAUUCGAUUCCAUUGGUUACGGGAACACGGUUUGGUGUGCUGUGCUGCAGUUGUGUACGGUGACACACACACACACACCAAACACACGCAAAUGGCCAUCGAUCGAACGAGCGAUCGCGGCGGUACUCAGCCGGCGCAACAUGACAUCUACUAAUUUGACAGUGUAAUAACUCUGUUCCGAUUCGAACCCCAAACGGUUGAAGCAGUUGGAUGCAUCGUCACGAGCAAGUCCAGAAAUUUCGAGCACGCUGCGACGGUAGAUGCUUUCUCGGGUGCAACUUACCCGCGGUGGUGCAUCGGCAGCAUACAUCGUAAGGCAGGAAAUCUCUUCACCCACGCCAAGGGAAAGCGAUGCACAAGAAGAAAAACCAACCGAGAGAAAAAGUGAAGUGAUAGACGAGGAAGAGUGCGAUAAGCGAAGCGUGUUGCGAAGUGAAAAUUUGACCCCAAAAAGGCGUCUGCAAAUAAUCGAAUAUCCAGCGGUCCAGUUUUCAUGCGCUGGUGUAGUGAAGUUGUUGUAAAAUAGCAAAGGAAAAGUGUUGUAAACAAAAUUUGUAACGAACCAAGAAGCCAGGAAACCAGUGCGGAGUGUUGCCUUAGAAACGGAAUAUUUUUGUGAGUGUUUCAAAACGAAAAGGGUUUUGAGCCCUAGUAAGCCUGGGGUGCAAUAUUGAAGUGAGCAGUAGGUGAUGUCUUGGAUGCCAAACGCAACCAAUAUGCCAAACCGAGUGUAGAAGCUUUCCUCCAUUUGCAGUAAUAUAAGUGCCGAUUGUGUAGUGUUGUGUGGAAAUUUUGGUAAAGUUCAGUCGAGGUCUUAACAGCGAUUAUCGAUAGAAACCCCCCCAUCGGUGGAUACAAUUCCGGAGUACAGUAAAUACUUUCCAGUGUAGACGCAGACCGGAUGGAUUCAUCAGCUAACGUAGGCAGUUAGUCUAUGAUCUCCAGGAGUCAUCCAGCUCAUCAUCAUCUCACAUGAAUCAACGCCUGGUGGAGAAGCAAUAGCGAAUGAGUCCGUACAGUUGAUAGAAGGCAACGUUCACACCCUCGUAUACCCUUCGGUAACCGGAAUCUUCCAAAAUCGUCCAGGAUGGCGAACUACUUCCUGUGCCUUGUUGUUCAACGGUUGGUUCUACCGCUCAUUCUGGCAACAUGUGUGCUGAUGAGACCGGUAGGACUGGCCAUUCCAUAUUUAAUAUUCCUACUAGCUAUACCGUAUGUGCCUAUUGCCAACAAAAAAACCAUCAUGGGAACAACUGGAACUUUCAUCAAGUUACUCACCUUGUACGCCAUACUGUACCUAGCGAUCACAGUCACUUUCCAGAUUGUACUGAUCUCCUUCCCGGGGAGUUCGGUUGUGCCGUGCAGUUUAGGUGAAAUUGUACUGCGCCACAUCGGCAUUGUGUCAUUUAACCAACUGGGCGCGUGGAUGGUGGUGUACUGGUUGGCACCGGAGGUGAUCCUUAUCUCCUGCGUGUUUGUCGUACACCUCGCACUGAGAAAGUUAACCGGGGUGAUCGUUCCUCGGGGGCAGCGGCGGCGGCGUGCAGGUGACGAUGCGAACAGCACCACCGCCCAGGACGAUACCGAACAGGGUAACGGUUCGGUGCAGGAGUCACAGGCUACGGGCGACCCGGCCGAGUCCGAACCACAGACGAGCCUCAUCAGUCCGGAACGGUUGCCUUUCUUCACGAAGCUGGGCGUGCUGCUCUCGAUGUGUAUGCUGUGUGUGGUGGGCAUCAUACAACCGUCCGCGCUCAGUGGAGUGUACUUUAUUGUGUUUCUGGGUGCUGCCUCGUGGUGGGCAUGCUACAAAAAGCUAGAUAGAGCCUUUGGAAUAGUGCUAAAGAUAACGUUGGUGUUUCUAGUCAUACAUAUAGUGCUGUUUCUGGCGUAUCAAAACCCAUGGCCGCAGGAAGUGUUGUACUUCAACGAUACGACGGCCCGCGUGCUCGGUCUCAAACCGAUCCUCAACUCAUCCUGUGACCUGGCGAACGGGACCGAUAUCCGGAACGUGUACUUCAACUCGGACUAUGACACGGAUGUGUACCUCAAUCCGAUCUUCCUGCUUCUGUGCUAUUACACCGUAACGAUGACUUCAUCGUUGCUACUACGAACAAGAAGCGAUAUGGCGAAGGAUAGAAAGCGGAUGGAUUUGUCGAGCCAGCUAGAGAACGGCAUUAGGCUGCAAAAUCAGAUUUCUUUCCGCAUGCAGCGCAAAAACAUCCUGCGCAAAACGCUCACCAGUGAUCGGUGGCGUGGUGCGGCACGGAAGGUGAAACUGAUGCGCCGAGGAACGCAUAGAAUUCGUGAUGCGUCGGCAAACGAUGGUAAAGAAGGCGGCGCUCAAACGGAUCAAAUAGCGUUAGAAACAUUAGCACGGAAUAAAACAAUUUCAGAAGAAGAAGAACCAUCCAGUUUCUUCGAGCAGGGGCUGCUGGCCAUUCGGAAUGUGGCCUCGUACAUUUAUAAGAAUAGUUACAUCUUUACGAACGUUAUCAUGAUGGUUUGGAGCAUUAUGUAUCACAGUUGGUUAACCUUCCUGCUGCUGCUGUGGGCCAACAUAAUCUGGAUUCUCCCGAACCAUCGAAGAAAUAUGCUGAUGACCAGCCCUCUCCUAGUGAUAUACGCCGAAUUCCUCCUGUUGGCACAGUUUAUCUACGGGAUGAAUUUGACCGAAGCUGAGCUACCGACAGUCAUAGAGGGCUCCGGCAUUAAUCUGGAAGAGGUGGGAUUCGUACGGCGGACCGAGUAUCCCUGCGUUCCACUGCUGGUGAAGUCACUUUUUACCACGAUGUUCUGGAUAUCGAUGCGGCAGCUGAUACAGGAGAAGCAAACGGAACGCCGGGAAUCGAUGAUCGCCAACAUGGCUGCCCCACUGCAGGUACCAGUGGGGGCGGCCACAACAGCUGCCACGGGCCCCCCGUCAGUGACCGAUCAACCGCCAAAGAAAAAAUCGUCCGCCGUUGUAGACAAAAUGGCGAAGUUUUUACGCUCACUUAUGAUAAAGUUUUGGAUCUGGGUGGUGGCGCUAACGUUAUUCCUGUCCGCGAUCAUCGGUAACCGGAUGACCAUGUUCCGGAUCCUGUACAUGGCGUUGUUUUUAUUCUUCGUACUUACAUUCCAGUUUUCGUUCCGAGUAUGGCGUAAAGUGAUGUUCACGUUUUGGCUUUUCGUUAUCAUGUACUCGAUGGGAAUUUUGAUUUUGGUGUAUCUGCACCAGUUUGAACAGUUCCCGCGGUACUGGGAAGCGAUAGGAAUAUCGAAGGAAUUGCAAGAAGAUUUGGGACUGGAAAUCUUCAAAACCGGUCAGCUGUUCCUACACCUGGUCAAUCCCACGCUGGUCGUCAUCAUAACCGUCAUACAGCUGCACUACUGUCACGAGCGCUUUUUGAUUAUUAGCGAAAUACCAACCGUCCAAACCGAGGAUCAUUCGGAUGAUGAAGACAAACAAGAGCCGGUGACAGCGCCGGCAACCGAUGGGCCUUCGUACGGGACAUUUGCAAACCCCGAAACUGCCGUCAUUGACGAUGCCAACGAACCAGUGGGCCAAUCCGCAACUGUAGCAGCGGAAGGUCAAGCUACUACUUCUCCAGCAAAGACUUCACCGAAUGCUCAAACCAAUGUGGACGAGGAUGACGAUGAGCAGAGUGAGAAGAUUGAAGAUUUCCGGUUCCGUAAGCUCUCCCGCCAGGAAAUUACCGGGUUCGCACGCAAGGCGUGGAAAAUGUUGCUUGACCUGCUGGAGCUAACAUGGCUGUUCUUCGAGAUUCACAUGCUGAAGAUUGUGCUGAUAGUGGCAUUCUCGUUGAGCGUCAACUCCGUCAACCUGCUGCACAUUGUGUACGUGGUGCUGUCCGUGUUCACGGUAAAGACGCACACCACCGGCAAAGAUUCGCUGAUGUACAUCCAGGUGAUCAGGAUAACGCGCAUCAUGUCGCUGUUCUCCGCCAUUAUGCUGCUCGCCACCAUGGUGUAUCAGGUGAAGUACAUCAAGGUGGAAUGGUUCGUAAGCGAGUGCCCGAAUAUCGAUGCGAACACAACCCGAAUGGACAUGAACAACCUCAAGUGGGCCGGAAUGCGCAAAACGGCAGACGUGGAAACGUUGUCCGAUCUGCUGAGACCGUAUCUGGUGUACAUUUUGAUCGUGACCGUACAUACGGUGACGAUCUUGCGCCAAACGAUACAUCGCAUCCGGCUCGGGCAGUCGCCCAAAACACCGUCGCUAAUGUUCCCGCGCAUCGUGCGUGCCGACGCGGACAAGGAUAUACCGCGGAUGGUACAGUAUCUGUUUAACUACGGGUACUACAAGUUUGGGGUGGAGAUUUCGCUCGUCUCGUUGAUAGUGGUGAUCGGCAAUCGGAUGGAUGUGCUGUCGAUUUUCUACGCCAUCUGGCUCGCGGCCAUGUUCCACAUGACGCGGGCCAGCCUGCAGCGACUGUGGAAACCGCUGACGUGGUUCAUCGUGGUCGUCAUACCGAUACAGUACCUGCUGUUUAUCGGGCUGCCGCCAUUCGCGUGCGUCAACUAUCCGUGGUUCAUAGCGCAGCUGGAUCACUUCCGGAUAUGGGCGAUGCUGCCGGAAAAUACGACCGAGUUUCGCAGCUUCGCCAACAAGAUGGUGUCGGACUUUGUGUUGCUCAUGUUUCUCUGCCGGCAAACGGUCGUGUUUCGGCUGGAGACGAACCCACCGCGGGGUUUUGGUGGAGGCAGCAAUCAGUCGGUGUUGGAGGAUUUCAAAAAGCUCGACGAGGGCAACCUUCAGAACCCGACGCCGGAUUUCAUCACGAAGGUGCGCAAUUGGCUGGAUAUGGCAAAGCGGACGUUGUUUUUGGUGUCGUUUUGGUUUACGCUGGCGGUGGUGUUUCUGACCGGCUCGAGUCGGGUGAAUCUGUUCUCGAUCGGGUAUCUCAUCGGUGCGUUCUUCUUCCUGUGGCAAGGAACCGAUUUCUAUCUACACUCGAUCGAGUACAUUUUGAAGCGGUGGAACAUCCUGAUAUGCUACAACGUGUUCGUGAUCGGUGCCAAAGCGCUGCUGCAACUGUUCGGUUGUCUGUUUCUGGAAAACUUGGUGAACAACAACUGUUGGGUAAUGCAGUUGCUAGGCAUGAACUGCUUAUCCUCCGCCCUUCCGCCCCUACCGCCCGGUACGGUCGAUCCCGGCGAACAGUGCAACAUUCCGGACCCGUCCGAUGCGGGACUGUUUUGGGAUGGGAUGUGUUUCGCCUUUCUACUGCUGCAGCGACGUCUAUUCUCCAGCCACUACUUCUGUCACAUCAUCAACGAGUCGAAGGCGAGCAAAUAUUUGGCGUCAAGAGGUGCCGAGCUGAUCGAGGAACUGCGCAUCAAAGAAAGUGCCCAGGAAGCGGAACGUGAGCGACAGAUACUGGAAAAAAUUAAGGCCAAGAUGGACCGUAUCAAGGCGACGCAGCAGAAAAUUCUGGAAGCCGUGCAGGAUCCUGCCACCCAUGCGAUAGGAUACCAUACGCCGAUAGAGGACGAGAUAGCGGCCAAUUCAAUGUUUAUCGAGGGCGAGGGCCUGUCGGAAAUGCCUUCGGACAAUGGUGGGCUAACGGUGGGACGCGGAUCGUACCAAACGCAGGUACCAUCUCCCAGCUCUGCUCUUAUGACGGUCUCGCUCGAUGCUUAUCUGGACCCACAGCGAAUGUCGUUCGAUUCGCCCAACGAUUUAAUGGCACGGGUUUGCAGUCCCGACGAUACGUUCCCCGUGUUUUCACCGCCACCGUUUGAAAAGGAGCAACCGCCUUUCGUGGCCACCAGUACGAACAACACGCUGAUGCCACCAACGAAAACGGCUCUACAAACUCGGCAACACCGACGACAGUCAAGUCUGAAUGCUGUGUCGUGGCCAGCAAAUAAUGAGCUUACUGUCAGCCCGAAGGCUCAGCAUCGCACAAUCCCUACCGGCAAUAGCUACGUGCCUCCAGAAGAACCUGCCAACGGUCGCGAUAAUGAUCAAUCGCAGCAACCUUCGCAAUCGCCGCGUUCGCCCCGCUCGCCUCGUUCGGCUACCUUCGCCCCAAAUCAACCACGCCACCGACGGCUGUCGAGCAUGGGAUCCGGUUCCGGCGUGCCGGAUGAGCUGACCGGCGCCGAUGCGAUCGGUGCGCGCCGUCGCUCGAGCUUCCUGGUGUCACUGUUCGUGGAUGAGGAUACCACGCGGUACGAUGAGGUAACGACCACCGCGAACGGUGGCCCCACAUCUCGGCGACGGUCGCGCUCGCGCAGCUUCUGGGGUCCGGUCGGGGAAGCCGGUUUGCGGGACUCGAUCCGAUCCGCUCGUUCGCGCUCGCCCGUAUCACACCACGAGUAUACUGUCGACCAUAGGUCGAGUUUGAAGCGCAAAAUAUCGGAACACCGACCAACGGCGAUACGAUCCGGUGACUACUACAUGUUCGAGGAGGUCGAGCAAGAGUUUGAGCUGGACCUGAUGGAACCGCACGAGUAUGAGGACGAUUUGGAGGAAAAGUCACAAAAAGAUCAACGUCUGCGCCACAGGCUAACGCUCGGCAGGUUGGCCGCCCAAUUACGCAGACAAAGGCAGCAGGAGGUGUAUGAGCUUGCGUACGGCACCCGUACUGAUAAUGACGACACUAAUGCGGUCGAUCAGCCUCCCACACUAGCGUCCAGCGAUCUGCCGCCGGAGGAUCAACCAUCAGCCCCAUUGCGUCGGCGCCUUUCGUCACCGGUCGUUUUACGGCGCGCCCAGCCAGCCACGCUGGGGGCCACCGAUGGUGGUGGUGGCGGUGGCACGGAUGACUAUACCGUCCCGGCGGAACGGUCCGCCAUUUCCGAACCUUUACCACACCAUUCGGCUCAUUCAGGUACUCGGUUACGAAAACCAACCGCGCUGGAUGCACCAGAUGCACAGGCAGCAGGCACAAGCCGGGAGCUGCACGCACAACAGUCCCUGACGGACGAAGAGGCACGUCUACUAAGCGACGAAGAGGACGAGGUGGAAGGCCGGAAGGAAGCGGCUCCCGAGGAAAAGAAGAGCAAAUUUUCCCUGUCAGGAUUAGCGCUGAUACCGGCGUUUUUGGCCGGUGCCGUUGGUUCCCUUACGUUACGGUUACAUCGUGCUUCGCGUAACUACCGUUACGUGAUGCGAGUGCUGACCCGUGAAAAGCAGGUGCUGAAAGAGACGCCCGGUUUCGGUGUCGGUAUCCGCGAUAAGGAUGGUGUAUGGACGCACUGUGUUUCCCGAACGGCUAGUAGUACUUCACCACAGCCCGAAGGUUCGGCCCAUUCGGGCACGGCACAGUCCGGCUCUAGUAGCAGUAGUCUAUUGUCCCGUCCCGGUUCGCUUGCAUCCAUCAGUAGAUUCAACAGUAGUAACGUUAACGACCCCACCGACUACGAACGGGACUAUGCGGAAGCGGAACAGCCCCCGUCCGCCGUACCAUCGUCGCCGGCGGUAACGUUUACGGUGUCCGAAGUACGGGCGGACACGUCGGUGACCGAAAGCGAGGCAAGACCGAACACGAUCCGCGAUCUGCAGGAAUACUGUACCGAACGACAGCCUCCCGGGGAUGAAGGACUGCAUACAGUAAGUGGAUUGGGAGCGGCACUAGCGAUGAUCAGCCGCAAAGAUCCGCUAAGGGAAGAACUCGAAUCAUACUAUCACCGUAGGCGCAGUAAUAGUUUACUACCCGAGAUACUGAUCUCGGCACCGUCGGCCGAACGCGGUCUGGACGAAGAUGGGAUACCGUACCGCUACUAUUCCAAUGAUACGCUGGACAGCAAAACCGAUGGUAGCUCAACGGAUGCCGUCAAACGUACGCUUGACGAGGUGAGCUCCGAGGAAGACUUCACAUCGCGCAAACACUCCGUACUGUUUGAGCUGUUCCAGGCGGCGUGGUACGCCAUUAUGUCGCACACCGACUUUAUUUGCUACUUUGUAGUGUUUUUGAAUCAGGUAAACUCGGCUAGUUUGCUGUCACUGCCACUCCCGCUGAUGGUAACGCUCUGGGGUACGCUAACGUUCCCCCGGCCAGCACAAACCUUCUGGACGAUGCUGAUCGCUUACACGCAGAUGGUGGUGCUGGUGAAGUGUAUCGGUCAGUUUGAGAUGUUCUGGUGGAACCAAACACCGAUUCCCUCCAACCAACCGUUCCACGUGGCACGCUUGUUCGGCAUUGAGCGCAAGGAUGGCUAUGCAACGUACGAUCUUAUCCUUCUGCUGAUGCUGUACUGUCAUCGGUUUAUACUGAAAUCGCUCGGCCUGUGGAAAUCGGACCCAUCAGAUGAACCUGCCCUUGCGGAGGGACUCUAUCAGGUCGAUCCGAACGACGAGCGUGCAAAGGCGCUGAUGGCGAUGGCGGAGGAAAAUGAGAGAAAGCGAGAAACACUGGAAAUUCGUCCACCGGAUGAGCUGACCGGGCUAUCGAUGGUGAAAAUCAACGAAAAGGAUGGAACGAUCGUAGAGGAACCGACGAGCCAAAACGAUGGGAACGUCCUGUGCGUAACGAUUCACAGCGAACCAACGAAAAAGUAUUUCCCGCAAAUAGCGAAGGAAGCAUUCGUCCGCUACUCGGCCGCACUGUCCGCGUUCUUCAAGCAGCUGCUCGAUCGUACCUCGCGCAAAACAACCGACGUGUACGGAUACAUGUUUCUGUGCGAUUUUAUCAACUUUUUCGUGAUCCUGUUCGGUUUCUCUUCCUUUGGGACACAAGAUGGCGACGGUGGCGUGUUGUCCUACUUUGAAGAGAAUCGUGUCCCGGUCACGUUCCUGGUGAUGUUGCUCAUUCAGUUCUUCCUGAUCGUGGUCGACCGGGCGCUGUACCUGCGGAAGCACAUCACCGGCAAAAUUGUGUUCCAAUUCAUUCUCAUCAUCGGUCUGCACGUGUGGAUGUUCUUCGUGCUACCGGCGACCACCGAGCGUAGCUUCAACGCCACUACACCGCCCGUGCUGUACUACAUGAUAAAGUGUUUCUAUCUGCUGUUUUCGGCGUACCAGAUCCGGUGCGGCUAUCCGGCCCGCAUUCUGGGCAACUUCCUUACGAAGGGCUUUACGAUGGCAAACUUUUCGGGCUUCAAGCUGUUCAUGACGGUGCCGUUCCUGUUCGAGCUGCGUACGCUGAUGGAUUGGAUCUGGACGGACACGUCGAUGACGCUGUUCGAUUGGCUAAAGAUGGAGGACAUCUUUUCGAACGUGUAUCAGCUGAAGUGUAUGCGCCAGCUGGAGGAAGAUCUGCCGGCACCGCGCGGCCAGAAGAAGGGCUCGAUGGUGAAGUAUCUGAUGGGUGGUGGUAUGAUGCUGGGCAUCAUCUUUCUGAUCUGGUUCCCGCUGGCACUGUUCGCGUUCAGCAAUGCGGUCGGUCAGCCAAACAUUCCGCACGAUGUGUCGGUGGAGCUGCGGAUCGGAACGUACGAACCGGUGUAUGCGAUGAGUGCGCAGAAUAAUAGCAUUUACGGAUUAACGCCAAACAAUUGGUCAAACUUUACUACCCCGUUCAUGGAGCGUGCGGCCCAAACGUUCCUGUCGAACUAUGAGCCGGCGGAUGUGGCGGCGGUCCAGCUCGGCAUAAGCUCCACCUCGAUCUGGAACAUUUCACCGCCCGAUCGGAACCGGUUGCUGAACGAUUUGAUAAACAACGUGACGCUGACGUGUCGGUUCCGGUACACGAUCAGCCGGAUGACAAACUCGAAGGAAAAUCCGGGCGUUAUAUCGGAGGAACGAACGUACCAGCUGGAGGAUGGGCCUGCACGGCAAGCGCUGAUCAAUUCGCUCACGCGCAAGAAGGAUGAAGAUAUGGCGCUGCUGAUGAACAUUAUGCCCAAGUUUUUGCGUGUGCAGAACAGUGGCUCGAUACGGCCCGUUCAUCAGCUGGUGAAAACGGCCGAUGGUGAUGAAGCGGAUGAGAACUACCGGAACAUGCAGCUGAGACAGCUGUACAUGGACGAUAAGUCCAACGUGAGCUGGUGGGAAGCAACGGAGGAUUGUACCGAUACGCUGUACGAGAAAUACUUUUCCCGCUUGCCGUUUGCCGAUUGUACCAACUAUUUGGUGAUUUACAUGUUCAACGAUAAAAUUUUCCCCAGCACCAUCAGUUCAAUCGCUGCAGGAGGCAUCAUCGGCAUCUACUCGACGAUGAUUCUCGUGUUCUCGCGCAUGCUCCGGACCAGCAUCUUCUCCGGUGCUAGUUCUAAAAUUAUGUUCGAAGAUCUACCGUACGUCGAUCGGGUGCUGCAGCUCUGUCUGGACAUCUAUCUCGUGCGCGAAUCGUCCGAGUUUACGCUCGAGGAAGAUCUGUUUGCCAAAUUACUGUUCCUCUAUCGAUCGCCGGAAACGAUGAUCAAGUGGACGAGGCCCAAGAACGAAGGUGGUGGUGACGAUGAAACGGACACAAUGACCGAACAGGAAGCAUCACGCCCCAAGCAGGAGUAAAUCUUGCGACAGGGAAUAUGGUGCUUUGAGUGGGAUGAUAUUUUGUUUUUGUUUGUGAUAGAAAAAACAACUUUCCACGACGGGUGGUGGGUUAGAACAGAUGGGAAAGAUGUUUCGAUAUGGAGUAAUUUCGUUACUGAUCUUUGUUAAGUUAUAUCGGUUAGUUGGAUGAAGGCGUGUUUUUUGAAGCAAUAAACAAGGAGGGCGAUGGACGAGAAAGAUGUUUAUAGGUAAAACGAGUUGAUAGAUGAAGACAAUCGACAGGAAGGUGUAAGAUUCGAACGGCAAGUGGUUAAAUUGUGAAAUACCAGCAAGCGAUUUAAAUGGUCUUUGUAUAUAAUCAUCAUGGGAGACGACUAGAAAACACCCAACAAAAAAAAAAAACGAGCUCGUUUCAUUUACAUAUCGCUCUCGAACGUACGAACGGCUAUAUUAUAGUGCUAGAAUUAAAUUCGGAAGCUAGUCGAACGGUGGAACGCGCCAUGUCCAAGACGUGGGAACCAGCAGUCAUUCAUUAGUACCAUAACUUAUUCACCUCUCACACUCUAUACUUGUUACACCCGGGUUUUUGCUUCAUCGUUUUGCUUCCUUCUCCCCACGGUCACGUUAAAUUAUUGCAGUACAAAUGAAGAAUUAAUAUACGGCGCGAGAAGAAACGGUGAGGUCUCUUGUUCGAGCGUUCAGAACGGAUGAACCAAUAUCAUAGGAUAGGGGAAAAAAUGUCAAAGAAACGUUCACGAUUUGUUUGUUUCAAGAAAUUGUAUCAUUUUAUCGCGCGUAAUUCAAUCGAAAUUUGUAAUGUUGAAUAAAGAAAAUCGAAAAGAAAA